UGCGGCCACCGUAGGCAGGCUGCAAGAUGGCGGCUUCCAUCUUCACGGGCGCCGUGAGAGCUGCCUCAGGAAUAUUUCGUCCCUUGAAUGUCUUGGCAUCUUCAACCUAUCGGAACUGCGCCAGGAAUGCCUGUCUUAAUUCUUCACUGUGCACCAUUCAUUUUAGACAUAUUCAGACAUCAGUUGUUUCCUCUGCUCCAAGACUUGUCACAUCUGUUGGACACCUGGCAUAUGGGCAUACCACAACAGUCCUUAAUAGAGUGGCCACAUUGGUUCCCAGUGUCCUGAAGCCACCAGUCAGAGCUCUAACAUACUGCAGCACACGGAAAGGCAAGAGAAAGACGGUAAAGUCGGUCGUGCAUCGCUUCCUCCGACUUCAUUCUGGCCUUUGGCUAAGGAGAAAGGCUGGCUAUAAGAAAAAAUUAUGGAAAAAGUCAACUGCAAGAAAGAAGCGCUUGAGGGAAUUUGUGUUCUGCAGCAAGACCCAGAGUAAACUCCUGGAUAAAAUGACGACAUCUUUCUGGAAGAGGCGCAACUGGUACGCUGGCGAUCCUUACCAGAUGUACCACGAUCGAACAAACCUACGAGUAUAGUUCAGAGCUAUCAUAGUUCCCAGCUAUGGAAUGUGGGUCUUUGUGUACAUAAUGCCCUUGCAAAGUGAGUAUGCGUUAAACUGUAAACUGUACCAGCUGAUCGGCAAGCUUAGAUUACCACCAUUGUGCAUUAAACAUUCCCAGAGUUGGUCAUAGAACUAAAAGUUAAAUUUAUUGUGCAUUAUUUCAAAAAACUGGUAAUGGCUUUCCUUAUUUCUGGAAUCUUGGAUGAGGAAAAACACGAAAAGACGCUCAACAGUGGGCCUUUGUGUGGAAUUGAGAUGGUAUCCAGGUUUUUGCACAUGCUAAACAGACAUCUUACAUGCCUAUUCCCAAUAUGACACAUGCUGUGUUUAAAAAAUAAAUACCUAGGAACUCAGGAACCUCCUCACUGUCUCCUACCUGUAACUCUCUGCCCCAGCUUUGGGGAGGGCAGGAAUUGGAUGAAGCAAGAGAUGGUGGGACUUUAUGCCUUGGUUCUACUGUGAGAGUGUGUGGUGUGUGUGUGUGUGUGUGUGUCUACUCACCAUCACUCUCUUUAGUCUUGGCUUUUGUUUAUGUAAAGUUUCUAUCUCUCAGACUCCCUUCAGCCUGAACCUUUGGGUUCCCUUUAACAUUACAACCCUCAACUCUUGUCAUCUCUUCUCUCUUAAUUGCCAGGGAACUCUCAUUGGGCCAUCCUGCCUUUUCCUCGUAAGUCUGAAUCAAUGCCAUCAUGCAAUGUAGAGCUUAUCUGUUUGUGGCUAGGACUCCACCCAGGCUCUCUUAGUUGUAUCAGUAGGUUCAUAUGGAGUAAAAAGGUAGGUGUGAGCUGUUUUCCUUAGAGGUACAUAGAGUAGCAGGGCACUUUCAUCUUGUGUCCUGGGUUCUUUGUAUUUAUGACAGUUAUUACUAAUUUUAUUGUAACAGGAUACUUUUCAUAAAAAUAAAUCACCUUCCCAAAUACCCUUCUUGAAAUACAUAGCUAUAUAAUAAACUCUUUUGCCCAGUUUUUCUUUUCUACUUUACUUUUUAUUUUUUACAUAUGAGUAUUUUGUCUGCAUGUGUGUAUGUGCCCUUGAAGGCCAGAGGAAAGUUGUUGGGUCUACUGGCAUUGGAAUUACAGAUGGUUGUGAGCCACCAUGUUGGUGCUGGGAAUUGAACCUGGGCCCUCUACAAGAACAGCCAGUUCUUAAAUGCUGAACUGUCUCUCCAGGCCUCUGCCCAAUUUUUCAAAGGCACUGAAUUUUUAAAAAGUUUAUCCACUUAAGAUUUCUUAUUUUCAUUGGUAAAGAUCAGCUUUUUUUUUCCAGAAUUCUCUAAAACGCAGGGUGGAAACUAAGGGAGAAAGUUGCCUGUCAUUUAAUGAGACUGAUGUCAGCUGUGCUCAGAAGGCAACAGUAUCAUUCAUUUUAUCUUUUUGUUUGUUUGUUUGUUUGUUUUUUCAAGACAGGGUUUCUCUGGCUGUCCUGGAACUCUUUGUAGACCAGGCUGGCCUCGAACUCAGAAAUCAGCCUGCCUCUGCCUCCUGAGUGCUGGGAUUAAAGGCGUGGGCCACCACGCCCAGCUAGUAUCAUUCAUUUUAGAAAAGAGUCUGGCCAUUCCAUCCUGAAUGCACAUGACUUUGUCUGAUCUCAGAAGCUAAGUAGGGUCAGGUCGGGCCUGUUAGUAGUCAGAUGGAGAAAGAUGCAAAAGUUACACGUGGUUUACAGAGAGUCAGAAUUGAUGCUGCAGGCCGAGAGAGUGACUCUCUGCUCUCCCAUCAGAACCAUCUGGAAGCAUUUCCAAACAAAGCAGCCUGCCUCAUUGAAAAUUCUAUUAAGGAUGAAUGACUGUUUGAAAUCCAUUGAUGAUAACAUGAAGUCCCCCAUUUAGUAGAAUAAGGCAAUCAGUUGGUGUUUUGAUGGCAGGUAGGCCAGGACUUUGAGGACCAUUCAGUUUUUGUUUUGUUUUGUUUUGUUUUGCUUUGUUUUGUUUUGUUUUGUUUUUCGAGACAGGGUUUCUCUGUGUAGCCCUGGCUGUCCUGGAACUCACUUUGUAGACCAGGCUGGCUUCGAACUCAGAAAUCCGCCUGCCUCUGCCUCCCGAGUGCUGGGAUUAAAGGCGUGUGCCACCACUGCCCAGCUUAGGUUUGUUUUUUUUUUAAUUUUUUUUUAAUUUAUCCAUUUGAAGCCAGUUCUUCAUUAAAUGGAGAGGGAUGUAGAAUGUCGUAAAACCCCAUAUGUGUGUAUGUGUGUAUGUGUGGGGGCAGGUGAUAGAGAGCAGGCGUGUGACUUGAGCACCUCAUACACCAAUGGCUCUGCCCCGGUGGCUCGUGCUGUGCUCACCCCUGAGGCGGCAGAAGCUGAGUGCUGUGAGGCUUUCGAGGUUCCUCGCCUGCACAGUUCCUGCUUCCCGCACAUCUGUGGCACUGUGCUGAAGCUAAGGAGGGAGACACUGCACAGCCUUAGACUUUUCUAGAGUCGACAUGGAUGGUUCAGAUCUCUGUUACAUGGCCUCAGUGCCUUGGCUUCCCCUGUAGCCAAGGACAGGCUAGGCAGAGGACAGCGGCCACAGGCUGAAGUAGAAGGGCUGCAGGCACACCUCGGAUGGAAAGGGAACUUCUUCAUACAUACAGCUUUUGUAUGUGGGUAGGGGAGCCUUUCAUCAAAGCCAAGUUUUUAGUUUGACAACAAAGCAGUUUGCUUUAGAGCCUGCCUAAAUGAUGUUCAAGUGUAUGCAUAACUGUUUAUUUACAUGUAAUUUAUUGAACACUUGUCAUAUUUAAGCAAAUCUGCAAAACUCUGCUGCACCUCAUGCCAACCUUAUACAAUCUUAUACACGAGCUAUCAUUUAUCCCUGAUAUAAAUUGAAGGCACUAAAGCUUAUAGAAGCUGAAAUAAAUUACUCUAAAAUAUAGCUAAUGCAUCCCAGAUCCCCUGUCUAACUCUUUGGAAUCUUGUGUACUUCCUUUGAUUUUCUAACAACAUAGGAUACUCAUAUCUUGAUCAACAAAUGACUGUGAUCUGACACUAGUAGUAAAUACUCUACCCGUUCAAGUCUGAGUUGUGUGACUUUGCUCUCUACCUGUCAACUCUGUUGGUGCAUAACCCUGGCUUAGUAAAUGAGUAAUGAAUGAAUGGA